GCGAUUGGAUCAAAGUGAUAAUUUGACGAUAAAACAAAAAGUGUUUAAUUAGACACAUAAAUAUGAGAAGCAUAAUAAUUGUGACCGGUGUUAUAUUGCUAUUACCUAAUGAGGAAAUAGUAACGGCGUAUCAAGAAGAAUUUUAUAAUGAACGGACCGUUUCCUACGAUUACGCCCAAUCAAUGCCAUGUGAAGAAUAUUGUAAUGAAUAUAAAAAAAUUAAAAAGAGGGAGGACAAAUUUUCAACGCCCAUUAGAAGUAGAAUCGUUGAAACUAUGUUAAAAUCUCCUAUGUUCGCAUUUAACAGAUCCCAACCUAACAUAUUUUCGGCAUUCAGGGAUAAUUAUGAAUUACCUUUAGAAUUUAAAGGACCUCUUAAAGAAUACGAUUUCAUAGUAGUCGGUGCAGGAUCAGCAGGAAGUGUUCUCGCCUCCCGGCUUAGUGCAGGACGGAAGGCUUCCGUUUUAUUAUUAGAAGCCGGACAGGGCGAAGCUAUCCUAACGGGAGUACCGAUUUUAGCUCCCUUGUUGCAACAAACAACGUACGUGUGGCCAUACUUAAUGGAACAUCAACCAGGGGUGUGCAUGGGUAUGGAAAAUGAAAGAUGUUUCUGGCCAAGAGGGAAGGCAGUUGGCGGCACGAGUGUUGUCAAUUACAUGAUUUACACAAGGGGUAACAAAAAGGACUGGGACAGAAUUGCAGCUAAGGGAAAUUACGGAUGGUCAUAUGACGAUGUAAUUCCUUAUUAUAUUAAAUCAGAGCGAGCAAAUCUUCGAGAAUUUCAAGAUUCGCCUUGGCACGGUAGAAAUGGUGAAUUGAGUGUAGAAGAUGUUCCAUUCAGGUCAAAAUUAUCAAAAGCUUUUCUAGACUCUGCAAAGUUAUUAGGACACAGACAGGUUGAUUAUAAUAGUCCCGACAGUUUCGGUGUCAAUCACAUUCAAGCAACCAUCAGUCGCGGUAUAAGGAUGAGUAGCGCCAGGGCGUUUUUACAUAACAAAAAGAAAAGAAAAAACUUACAUAUUUUAACUAACAGCCAGGUUACUAAAUUAUUGAUUGAUUCACACAGUAAAACAGCUACAGGUGUUGAAUUUGUAAGGAAUGGACAGAGGUAUAAAAUACGUGCAAAAAAAGAAGUUAUUCUUUCAGCUGGUCCUAUUGAAUCUCCACAUUUACUUAUGUUAUCAGGAAUCGGUCCUAGAGCACAUUUAGAAUCUAUGGGCAUUCCAGUGAUACAAGACCUAAAAGUCGGGGAAUCCCUGUACGAUCACAUAACAUUUCCUUCAAUUGUAUUUACUUUAAAUUCGACAAGGUUAACGUUAGUGGAGAAAAAAGUAGCCAACAUCGAAAAUAUGGCACAGUAUACUCAAUUUGGAGACGGUCCUUUUUCAUCCUUAGCUGGAGUUGAAACAAUAGGAUAUAUAAAAACUAACGUAUCUGAUGAAGAAGAGGAAUUUCCUGAUUUGGAACUAAUCGAAGGAUGUGCUUCACUUGCUUCAGAUGAAGGUACUGCUUUAGCCAGGGGAAUUCAUAUGGCAGACUGGCUAUAUAGAGAUGUUUAUAAACCGAUAGAAGAUAUAGAAAGUUUCACAGUACUUUUUAUGUUAUUACAUCCAAAAUCGAAAGGAUACUUGAAACUCAGAUCAAAAAAUCCCUUUGACUAUCCCAAGCUUUAUGGCAAUUAUUUGACUCAUCCAAAAGAUGUUGCAACAAUGAUAGCCGGUAUACGAUACGUUAUACGGAUGGUUAAUUCGCCGCCAUUUCAAAAGUAUGGUGCCACUUUAUAUACCAAAAAAUUUCCUAAUUGUAAGCAGUUCGAUUUCGGCACCGACAAUUACUGGGAAUGUGCUCUUAGAACCGUUACAAUGACACUGCACCAUCAGAUCUCCACGUGUAAAAUGGGUCCUGCGUCGGAUCCCGAAGCUGUAGUAGAUCCGGAAUUACGUGUAUACGGAAUAAAAAAAUUACGGGUAGCGGAUAGCAGCAUUAUACCAAAUACUAUAGCGGCGCAUACAAAUGCACCAGCGAUUAUGAUUGGCGAGAAAUGUGCAGAUAUGAUAAAAAAUACAUGGGGUUUAAAUUAAUUUUACAGUUAAAAUAACAA